UACGUGGGUUGUACCAGGAAGUGAGGCUGCGUGCUUCGGUGCAGUUAAUUAACUACAUGCUCUUCCACAAGUCAUACAACUUAAUACAGGAAAAAAGAUGAUGAAAAGGUAGCAAGAAAAGAAAUACAUUACAAGUGGAAAAGUUCUGCUUCAGCAUGUCUGCUUGGAGGAUCAGAGUCCUGGUAGCACUGUGCUUCCUGCGGCAGCCGAGAGGUCAUAUUCAGCUUCCCCCUCCUCAGAAUGUUACAUUACUGUCAAAAGAUUUUGACAUGAUUUUGACAUGGACUCCAGGAGAAGGAUCUCCACCAGAUGUGGCAUACACUGUGAGGUAUGAAAGCCAGGAACGCAUGGACAAAUGGAUAAAGGUUCGUCAUUGUAGAAAUAUCCACAGUACCUCUUGCAACCUGACUUGUGUACUUCCAAACUUCUUCAUUAAAUUCCGGGCUCGAGUAAAAGCUGUUUCUGGAAAACUCCAGUCGCCAUGGGUAGAAUCCCAGUUCAAGGAAUACCUAUUUGGAGUGGAACUGGCUCCCCCAGUGCUAAACGUGAACGUACAGGAGAACGUACUCCAUGUGAAUGCCACCUUCCCUUUGGCCACCUGUGUGGAGAGUUUCUCCUGGAUGUAUGACUUGAACCUUUGGGAAGCUGGGUCUGAAGACAAGAAGCAAUACGAAAGUAUCUUUAGGAAGAAUACAGUGACUAUCGACACCACUGCGCUUAGAGGCAACUACUGCUUGAGUGCCAGAUCCUCCUUCCAAAGCAUUGGCUUCAAGUACAGCAAAUUCUCCCAACCAGUGUGCAUGCUUUUAAACCGUAAAGCAGUGGAAUGGAAGCUCCCAUACUCUGCCAUGAUCCCCAUGUUUGUCUUCGCUGUCCUUCUGGCAAGUGCCUUCAUUGCCUGGCUGCUGAAACAAGACGCGAAGCACAAGAAGCUGCCUCGUGCUUUGGAUUUAUCUAAUUUUAAAGUUGCUGGACCACCCUUUCACUGUGAGCUCCGUGAGGAGUUCCUCGUGGAUUCUCUGACCUGCACAGAGCAGCCAGUGUCACAAGGGAAGAAAAACAGAACGUCACCAAGAAACAACCCAUCAUGUGUGGCUUCCCUCCUGUCGUCAUCGUCAUCAGAAGAGGAGGAGGAAGAUGAAGAAGACAGCAGGACUUUCAUCCCAUACACUGAAAUGCGUCACUUUCCAAAGCGAUGUCUGAAGUACCAGGCGUCCAGAACUGCUGGGCCAGAAACAGGCACGGGCUCCACAUCUGGCGGCCUCUCUGUGGACAGCGGAUCUGUGCUGGACUUCACUGGCCUCGGUUUCUCUUUCUUUCCAGUGAGACAGAAUGAAGUGGACACCUCAGGAUCCCAUGGAAGUGAACAGGCAUCCCUUCCUCACAGCUCCUCUUUGGGAAGAAUAUCCCUCACCGACGUGAGAUUCCCAGGUCCCGAGGAACAUGAACAGCACGAUACAGACCCGGAGGACUGCCUGGAAAUGCCCCCCCUCCAAAUACCGCUGAACAGGAUUUGUGCCAGCCUUCCAGCGGACGAGCACUGCCUGCACAGGAAGCAUCAGCACGUCACCACGUGUCACCAGGAACCACUAACUGAUCUGCCCGUCCACGUCAGGGAGAAGUCACAGCUCAGUGUGGAUCCCAGCAUGGAGCAACUCAUCUGCUUUCAGACCUUACAGGUGGCAGAAGAUGAAGGUAUUGCAAGUGACUGUGACAGCGAUCAUUUUAUAGAAGGGACACCUCCUGCAUCCACAGUACUAAGUGAUGCAUUUGGAACUUCAAAUAUGGAGGGAAAAUAUAAUCAGGAGUUUAAAUUAAAAGGCUAUCAGCACACACAUUACAUGGGAAGAAGCUAGAGUACCCUUGAAGUUCUGUGGUGUGCCUGGAAAGUGGUAGAGAGCUCCAGAUACCUGGGCAAGGGUACCUAGACAAGAGCAAGGACAAAUAACUGUCAGUGCUGUGCUUAUUUAUUUAUUUAUUUAUUUGUCUACACAGAGUUUUUUCUAUUGAUGUCCGGCCUAUCAAGGAUACGGCUUUAGGGACAGAGGAGGUGUGUUUUUACUGCAAUGUAACUAAUGGACAUUCCCCGUGCCUCUGUACAAUACAGAUGUGAGACAGCAUUGAAACCACGGCACAAGGCAGGCUGUCUGAACCCAGCCCGGGUGAGGCAUGUGUGGUACCUCGUGGAGCUAUCACACAGCUAACACACAGCGCCCUGUGCUCACUUGAGAGCAAGAUAACUUUUACAUGUGAGUUAUGAAAGGCAAAAACGUUUCUGAGAUGGCAAAAACAUAACCCUGUGUGAAACCAUCCGGUGGGUUCUGAAAAUGCAGCGUGUUGUGCCCGCAUGUUGGUUUGAACCAGGAUUGAAAACACCGAACAUCACAUUUGCUUCUGUAUAAUGGCAAAACUGCACUCCUGCUUGGCUGGAAGCACCUUACAGAGACAUUUAGCAACCUUUGCUCUUUAUGGGAUGAAAAGAUCUCCCUCUCAAUCUACAGAGAUCACCUUCUGUGUUUCAGUGGAGUGAACUGAAGUCAAAGUGAGAAAUGUGCAGCAUGUUUGUUUAUUUAUUUUGCUUUUUUAUACAAAUGUAUAUAUAUGUACUGAUUGGCCCUGCUGUGCAGAAUGAGAGCUGCUGCAUGCAGAGGAAAUAAUAUUUUCAUAGAUAA